CCCUUCAGUCUGCAAGCCGACGCUCUAUCCACUGAGCCAAACCGGUUAGGGCUCUGUCUACUCUUUCAAAACUGGAAGAUCUUCCACCACUGGAUCAUUUAUCCUUGCUGGCUAACCCUUGCCUUCUUUAGACAGGGCCUGAGCUUUCCAACCCACCAUCCUAUCGUCACCCCUAUACUUUGGCAGGAUAUUUUUGUUAGAAUAGGCUAAACUGAUAUAAUGACCAGACACCAAAAUAUAAUGGCUCAAACACAAUAGAAGUUUAUUCCUCAUUCACUUAACAGUCCAUGGCAGAUGGUCCAGGUCUGUGAGCAGCCCUCCUCUAAGUGAUGAAUCGGGGAUCCAGGAUUCUUCCUUCUUGAGACUCUACCUUCUUUCUCGGGACUCCAACACCCCUAGGGCUGUGUCAUCCUAUGCAUCCAGCUGAUAGUGUGUAGAGGAGUCAAACCCGCCUCAACCCAAAGUGGCACAUAUCAUAUCCACUCACACCCCAUUGGCGAGAACUAGUCCUAUGGCCACAUCAAGCCUCAAGGAAGGCUGGGAGAUAUAGUCCUAGGUGAGCCGACACUUCCCAGCCACAGCUCUGUUAUUAUGGAAGGGCAGAACAGAUGUUGGUGGACGUCAAGCCAUCUCUAGCUUAUAUGAAAUUGUGGGGAGAAUUCUUCAGCCAUUUAAAUCACAGACACCCCGGAGGUUCCUGUAGCCCAGUCGUAAAUAUGCAGGAGAUUUCUGGGACUUGAACAGGUUGCAUCCAGUUUCUUCCAGGUAUGGAUAUAUUGAAGAACGUCAUCUCCGCGGCCCAGUAUGUGUACCAACUAUGUGAAAAGAUGCAACACUGCGAGGGACAGUACAAACGUCUAAGGAAUCGCAUCCACGGCCUGCUGCAGCCUCUGCAAGAGCUCCAGGCCCGAGGAGAGGAGAAUCUGUCCCCUGGGAUCAUCACUGCCCUGAACAAUUUCCAGGCUGCCCUCGAGGAAGCCAAGAAGAAGAUAGAUAAGUUUAGCGAUAAGCCCUUUCUCCAUAAGUUUCUAAAAUCAGGGAAGAACAAAGAACUCUUUACAGAUGUGAACAAUAGGCUGACUGAUGUCCACCAGGAGCUCUCACUGGCGCUUCAGGUGUAUCAGGGGGUGUCUAUUUCAAGCAUCAGCAAAGAAGACUGGAAACAAGAGGAUCAGCAGGAUGCAGAGGAAGAUUGGCGAGCUUUCCAGAAUCUAACUGCAGAAAGUGAAAUUAUCGAAGCUUUAGUGGAGAAAGGGAAAAAUGAAGUGGAAGAAAUCAUGAGGCGCCAAUUACAGACAUCAAUAAAGGCGGUCCUCGCAUAUAAAGUCAAGGAGAUUAAGAAGGAGGAGCUUUCUGAUUGGAUCUCUCUAAAGAAAAGUGAGUUCAGCGAAGUUUUUAAAGGAAAAUAUUACCAAUCUCCAGUGGCCAUAAAAGUAUUCAACAACGUCCAGACCAGAAACCCUGGAACAGUGAGGUGUGUUUUCAAUAAUGAGGUCACAACCAUGAAGAAAUUUGAUUCUCCUAACAUCCUGCGUAUAUUUGGGAUUUGCAUUGAUGAAACAGUGACCCCACCUCAAUUCUCCAUCGUCAUGGAGUACUGUGAGCUCGGGACCCUCCGGGAACUGCUGGAUCAGAAAAAGGACCUCACAUUGGCUGAACGCAUCGUCCUGGCCGUGGGGGCAGCCAGUGGCUUAUACAGGCUGCACCAUUCCAAAGCCCCUGAGCUCCACAGAAACAUCAGCAGCAAGAGCUUCCUAGUAACUAACAACUACCAAGUGAAGCUUUCAGGAUUUGAGUUGAGCAAAACACAGACUUCCAUCAGCAGAACAACUAAGAGAAAAAAAGAAGGGACAGUCAAUUCCGCAGCAUAUAUCUCACCUCAAAGACUGGAAAAUGUGUUCAAUAAAUAUGACAUAGCAGCUGAAAUAUACAGCUUUGGAAUUGUCCUCUGGGAAAUCGUCACUGGGAAGACCCCGUUUGAAGGCUGUGAUUCUAGGAAGAUCCGCCAGCUGGUAGCUAAAGACAAGCACCAGGAGCCACUGGGUGAAGACUGCCCUUCACAGUUGCAGGAGAUCAUUGAUAGUUGUCGGGCUUACGAGCCCUCCAGGCGGCCCUCUAUUAAGGAAAUCUCAGAGAAACUGUCUAUCUUUUACAAAGCUGUGGAUUGAAACAGACACUAAGGAGUCGCUGGACAAGAAACUGGAAGAGGCGAAAGCUGGGCAUCUUUCUCUCUCCUGUCCUCGGCAUGAAGUUAUUUAUGGAUUCAGGGAAGCAGCACUUCUCUGUUACAAAGAGAAAACGGUUCCAGUCAUGCAGAGCGCACCCCCCUCCAAACGAUAUUGUCAAAAGUAUGUCUCUGAUAGUACCUGUGAUAGAUGUUUUACAAAAACGUAUCUCUCUCUGUAUGGACACCUCUUAGCACUCUGACUUUGCAGCUCCUCCCAUGGCAAAGUGGAAUCUACACAUGAAACUAAUGUAUUAUUGUAUGUCAAUUAUAUUUCAAUUGAAAAGAAAUACUCUCUCUUACAAACGGAAAGGUUUAUGGAAUGCAAUGAUAUAUCUGGAGUUUAAUUUAAAAUAAUUCAGGGGGAGGGAAAAUAAUCUUACCUAAUAAACAUGUAAAUUG